AUGUCUGCCGAUCAGAAGCCCCUUCGCAUUGUCAUGGCCUGUGACGAGGCUGGCCAACCCUACAAGGAGACUCUUAAGGCUGCCCUCGAGAAGAACCCUCUCGUCGCGUCCGUCGCUGAUGUUGGUGUCAACUCGACCUCCGACAAGACUGCCUACCCUCACCCCGCCGUCGCCGGUGCGAAACUCAUCAAGGAGGGCAAGGCGGACCGUGGUCUCUUCAUCUGCGGCACGGGUCUGGGUGUUGCUAUCGCCGCCAACAAGGUUCCCGGCAUCCGCGCCGUCACUGCUCACGACUCCUUCUCCGUCGAGCGUGCGAUCCUGAGCAACGACGCCCACGUCCUCUGCUUCGGUCAGCGCGUCAUUGGCAUUGAGCUCGCUAAGAAGCUUGCCAACGAGUGGCUGACCUACCGCUUCGAUCCCAAGAGCGCAUCGGCCGCCAAGGUCCAGGCCAUCUCCGACUACGAGGCCGAGUUCGCCAAGCUCAGUAAAUCUUCUGAUAAUGGCGCUUGA